AUGAAUAUCAAAUACACUUUAAUUUUCACCAUUUGUACCAUAUUUACUUUAGGUUUUGUCAAUAGAAUAAGUGCCAAUUGUAUCUGUAAUGGUGCUACAAAAAUAGUUAAUUCAAAUGAUCCAAACGUUUUAUCAGAAGAUGUUGUAAAGAUAUUUGCUCAUUGGGAUCUUAAUGGUUCUGUAUUCUUGUAUAAUAAGACCGAUGGUUAUAUUCAACUUCCAGACGAAUUCCGUAACAAUGUUCAAUCCUAUCAAUCAGGUAUUGAUGUUUGCUUCAUUAAAUGGUAUCCAAGAGAACAAGUUCAAAUCCAUGCUGGUGAUUAUCACAAAAACUAUGCUGCUUUAACCAAUUUCGGACAAAGAAUGGAUGGAAUCUAUGCAGGAUCAUGUUCAGACGCUAUUUGCCCAUUAUCAAAAUAA